CCCGUCCAAAGGCGGGAAAACCCCGGGGCCGGAGGAGCCGGCGCUUCUUGCCUGGCCAGGAAGUGGGGCCCUUCUGCCAUCUCCGCCUCAGGCUCCAGUUUCGGCGGUAAAGCCCGUCCCCGCCGCCUUGGCCCAAGCCCGGCCUCCCGCGCCGCCAUGUGACUGCCGAGGGAGGGAGGGGAGAGAGGGAGGGAGAGCCAUGGAGAGCGGGGAGCCCGACGGAGGGCCGGAGCAGAGCCGAGGGGCCACGAAGCGAGCCGCCGGGGAGCGGGAGGAGGAGGAGGAGGAAGAGGAGGAGGAGGAGAGCAGCAGCGAUGGCCGCGGGCGGAGAGAAGCUCUCUGGACGCCCGCCAGGGGGCGCUUCAAGCCGGGCCUCGGUUCUCAGCUUGAUAUGGAGAGCCAGAGGACUUCCAUUCUCCACAGGGUGGUCAGUUUUGCUCCUGAUCCUCUCCCUGCCAGACAGUAUGACAUGAAGACCAGUGAGCCAAUCAGCUUCUACCUCUCAAAUUUAGAAGAGUUGCUCGCCUGGAAAACAACCAGUGAUGACACUUUCAACGUUGCCACAGUGCCACUGGCUCAGCGCCAGCCUCCCCUUGACAGCCGUAGGCCCCGUACGCUGGUGUGCCAUGACAUGAAGGGCGGCUACCUUGAAGACAGAUUUAUCCAAGGCACAGAGGUAGCUGACCCUUAUGUGUUCUACCACUGGCGUUACAUUGACAUCUUUGUCUACUUCAGUCAUCAUGCAGUCACGAUCCCACCAGUAGUAUGGACUAAUGCUGCUCACUGCAAUGGUGUCCUCAUGCUGGGGACAUUCAUUACAGAGUGGACCGAGGGUGGGAAGAUGUGUGAGUCCUUCCUGGCUGGAGAGGCUGAAGCAUACCAGGCCGUGGCCAAGCAGUUGGCUGAAAUGGCCCGUUUCUUUUGCUUUGAUGGCUGGCUGGUCAACAUUGAGAACUCUUUAAGUGUAACAGCAGCCCGGAACUUGCCCCAUUUCUUGCGGUAUUUGACAGACCAAGUGCACCGACUUGUACCUGGAGGACAGGUCAUAUGGUAUGACAGCAUCCUGAGGACUGGGGAGCUCAGGUGGCAGAAUGAGCUUAAUGAGAACAACAAAGUUUACUUUGACGUCUGUGAUGGUUUCUUUACCAACUACAAUUGGAAGGAGGAGCAUCUUUUGAGGACAAGAGAGCUGGCAGAUGAUCGUCGGGUUGAUGUUUAUGUUGGGGUGGAUGUUUUUGGACGCGGUGACGUUGUGAGUGGUGGCUUUGAUACAAACAAGUCACUCCGCAUGAUUCGAGAGCAGGGCCUUUCAAUAGCCAUUUUCGCACCUGGCUGGGUAUAUGAGCAUCUGGGCUCCGAAGACUUCCUGAACAAUGAGGACAAAUUCUGGGCACUGUUAUCUGAGCUGCUUCCAGUACAUAGUGUUGGCUCACUCCCCUUCUGUACCAGCUUCAAUCUGGGCAUGGGCAAGAGGCAUUUUGUCAAGGGGCAGGAGAGAAGGACAGAGCCAUGGUACAACCUGAGUGCUCAGGAGAUGCAGCCAAUUUACACCAACCAGACAAUGCCCAACAGUGCCUGGCUGCGGACCCGGUGCUGCCUGCAGGAUGCCUGGUCCGGGGGCAGCUCCUUGCUGCUGGAGGGGACCAUCCCCUCUGAUGUGUAUCAUGUCACAGCAAGGCUCUUUUCAUUCCAGGUGCCAGCCCCCCCACGAGUGUUCCUGCUCUUGAUAUAUAAACAGGCCUCCCAAGCUGUGUCCUUUGUCCCACAAUUCACCACACGCCGCCAGCUGUCCUCAGCCUGUCCUCCCAACCCCAGGCCUCCUUCACCAGCAGGACCAGCAAGGCAUAAUCCUUCCCCACUCCUCACACCUCCUCCCCAUAUUGCCCAGUUCCUUAAAGGCUGUGGACAGCAUAGAAAACAUGGCUGGCAAAGCCGGUGCUAUGAACUGGAGCUUCAGAACUGUUUCCUGGAUGAGCUGUCCAUUACGUUGUCCCGUCGACAGCCUGGACAGGAUGAGCUGUCCUUUGCCUGCCGCCUGGGAAAGAUCUGGGUGCUGGAUGCUGCAGGUUCACUUUCCCCCACUGCUCUUGCCAGUCUAGCGUUGCCCAUAGAUGUUGCCCAUGUCCAUUGGCACCAGGCUUCUGCUGGUUGGCUCUCCCUCAAUCUCACCUUGCGCUGGAUUUACCCUUCUAGUAAGGCCACCUGCUUCCGUGUGCACUACCGGAGUGGAGCAUGUGCCAGUGGCCCAGAGCCCCCCCUCGUUCUCAUUGGGGAGGCCCAUGCCCCCCUGUACCGGGUGACUGAGCUAAAAGUCCCAGAAGCUCAAGAGUCUUCUUCCUGCCGUUUGGAGUUCCUGGUGGAGCCUGUGCCCAAGAAUGGCCUCCAGGUAGAUCCUGACAUGUGGGGGAAACUGGCCUUUGUAUAUUCUGCCCCAAAGUUACCCAGCACUAACAACAGUGACUCACUGUAAACUAAUUUAUAUUUGGUGGAUCAGGACAGUCCUUUUUCUAAAUAAAAAAGACUCGAUUCUAAUAAAUUUUUCUCCCAUUUAAAGAACAAAGAUGUUUGAGAAAACAUGUGUCAAUAAAAUGGUUGUUCACACGCUCAAGCCUGAGAAAUAGAGACACCUAAAACCUCUGCACCGAUAUUCAAUAUACAAAGAUAAUAUUUCAUUUGCUAAACAUUUUAGGUGAUAGUUUUCAUAGACUAAGAAAAAUAUAUUUCAGGAAAAUACAUUGUAACAAAAGAAGUUUGCAAUGAUCCUGGUGAUAGGGAAUCAAGUUGCAAAUAGUGUUAAUUCACAACAUUAAUUUUGUUGUCAUGUGCCUUUAAUCUGCAGCAUACAAUUUCAAGUAGCUUUUAAAAUGUAAUGAUAAUGAUAAUUUCACCCAUAGUUACACGUCAGUAAUUUUGAAAUGGCAUAAGGAUUUCUGCUGAUCCCAAAUUCCUGCAGUUUGAUUCUUUUUACAGGCAGAUAAUGAUGUGAGUAAAAUUCUCAUUACCAAGGAUUUUGGACAAAACCAGGCAAAAUGGAAGGCUGUAGAUUUUUUUAAAGGAUACCAAAUUGCAAUUCUUUCCCUGAGGAAAGAUGUGUUGGAAUUAUUGCUGUAAUUACAUUUUGUGAAUCAAUAGCCAGCCAAUAAAAAUAGUUUGGAAAAAUGGG